AUGUCUAGUCUAGCUGCUCUCCAUGCAUCGCCAUUUGCACAAGGUUUCAGCAAUAAUAAACGUCAAGCAGCUGGAAGGGCAUUGUUUAGGCACAACACACACAUCGAUGGUACUCAUUAUCACACUAGGAAACCUGGUGGUCUUCACCCAGCAUAUGCUGCAUUCAAUCAGACCAAUGGUAAAGAGAGGACUCUCACUCAUGUUGAACUAGUUGAGGCACUCUGGGAUCUUUUUGAUGCAGUAACCAUGCAAGACCAUAUCGAUGGCGAAAUCUCUCUCCUCAUUUGA